UUUCCACAACCAUCGCCCCGUGACACAACACGCAGGCUUUAAACAAACAACUGUUCAAAUCAACAGCUUCAGUUUAUUAUUGGAAAUAAUAAAGCAGCGUCAUUGAAGAGAUAACAAACUGGGUGACUAACAGGCAGUGGUGUGAGCAGGGCUGUGCGCAUCCACUUGUUGAGGUGACAACACGUGAACACGCGUCGCUCUGUUUAAAGAAGCAACAACAUGGAACACGCUCUGGUCAGACGAGAGUCGGUAGAAGCGGAGAUGCACAAGUCCGAGGACACAAGAAAAUCCUUCGUUUAUACCAAGAAGAGGGGUUAUGAUAUCACCCGGAACCCCCACCUGAACAAGGGCAUGGCUUUCUCCCUGGAGGAGCGUCUCCAGCUGGGGAUCCAUGGUCUGCUGCCUCCCUGCUUUAUUAGCCAGGAUGUUCAGCUGCUCCGAGCCCUCAAGAACUACGACAUGAAGCGAGACGACCUGGAAAGAUAUGUGUUCCUGAUGGGGCUCCAGGACCUCAGCGAGAAGCUCUUCUAUCGGGUGCUAAUGUCAGACAUCGAAAGGUUCAUGCCCAUCAUUUACACCCCCACUGUAGGCUUGGCUUGCCAGCAAUAUGGCUUGAUAUUUCAAAGACCAAGGGGGCUGUUCAUCACUAUUCAUGACCGUGGCCAUAUUGCGUCACUGCUCCAGAACUGGCCGGAAAAAGACAUCAGGGCUGUGUGUGUGACGGACGGAGAGAGGAUCCUGGGGCUGGGAGACCUGGGCUGCUAUGGCAUGGGCAUCCCUGUGGGGAAACUGGCCCUCUACACGGCCUGUGGAGGUGUGCCGCCCCAGCAGUGCCUGCCUGUCAUGCUGGAUGUGGGCACAGAAAAUGAGGUGCUGCUGAAGGACCCUUUCUACAUUGGACUGAGGCAUAAGAGAGUGCGAGGUCAGGUGUAUGAUGACCUGCUUGAUGAAUUUAUGAAGGCUGUGUCAGACAGGUAUGGAAUGGACUGUCUGAUACAGUUUGAGGACUUUGCAAAUGUUAAUGCUUUCCGUCUGCUGAGCAAGUACCGCAACAAGUACUGCACAUUCAACGAUGACAUACAAGGUACCGCUGCAGUGGCAGUAGCUGGACUCUUGGUUGCCCUCCGCAUCACCAACAGCAAAAUGAGCCACCACACCAUAGUGUUCCAAGGUGCAGGGGAGGCAGCGAUGGGGAUUGCUGAGCUGAUCAUCAUGGCCAUGGAGAAGGAGGGACUCCCUGAGGAAGAGUGCUUAAAAAAGAUCUGGAUGGUCGAUUCCAAGGGUCUUAUUGUCAAGGGUCGCGACCACCUGACUCGUGAGAAGGAGAGGUUUGCCCAUGAGCACCCACAGAUGAAGCAUCUAGAGGAUGUAGUUCGUGAACUGAAACCCACUGUUAUCAUUGGUGUGGCAGCUGUUGCCCGAGCCUUCUCUGAGCAGAUCAUCAAGGACAUGGCUUCCUUCAAUGAACGCCCAAUCAUCUUUGCCCUCAGCAACCCAACCAGCAAAGCAGAAUGCACUGCUGAGCAGUGUUACAGGUUUACAGAGGGGCGGGGCAUCUUUGCCAGCGGCAGUCCAUUUGACCCAGUCACCCUGCCUGAUGGGAGGACAUUCUACCCUGGUCAGGGAAACAAUGCCUACAUCUUCCCCGGUGUGGGCCUGGGUGUCACUGCCUGCGCCAUCCCACAUAUUACUGAAGAAAUCUUUCUUACUGCAGCAGAGGCUCUGGCUCACCUGGUGACAGAGAAGGACCUGGCAGAGGGAAGACUGUAUCCUCCUCUCAGCUCCAUCAGAGAUGUCUCUGUCAAACUGGCCAUCAAGAUCAUGGAGUAUGCCUAUGAGCAUAACCUGGCGACACUUCGCCCAAAGCUGUCCGACAAACAGGCUUAUAUCCACUCGCUCAUUUAUUCGACUGACUAUGAGGAGUUUGCUGUGGACUCGUACCGCUGGCCGGAAGAUAGUAUGGCUGUGCAGUCGUGCAAACUUUGAUGCACUCGACAGAGCAACACAAUGAGCCCUGGAGGGGCAAGCUAACUAAUGAUGUGCAAUUUCAUCACAAGAUGUGAUGUUGGGAUAUGAAAGACUUUGUGUAGAUGUUUCUCAUUUAUAUACACUACCAGUAGAACAUUCGGACACACUUUCACCUUCGGUCCAAUGGCAAAGUGCGUCCAGACUUCGGACUAGUAGUGUACUUCAGUGAAAUUAAUGGUGACAGUACAUUUUGCUGCAAACAAAAAUAAUCAGUAGAGAGAUGUUUCAUAAAACAGUAGACAACUUGGUUGUUGUCUCAUUAUAUUUUACAACAAUAUAUUCAGGGAAAUUCUUUCACAGGUUACUUUUAACUUUACUGCUUUACUACGAAGUUACUUUAUAACUGUGUCAGCUAUAAUCCA